AUGGCAGCGUCAGAACAGGUGCGAGCUCCGGUUCAACGAGCCGCCGUUGUUCUGUACACAAAGAGGGCAGAGCCGGAGAAACUCUUCUAAUUCACGUUACAAUUCAAACGUCAACUCUUUGACGUGAAUUCAGACGUUAACCGCGUAACGGAAGUCACGGUUAUGAUCGGUUUUCUGAGCGACAUGUCCCAGCGAAGAGAGAAAAUUUCAGCAGACUGCGCAGUCAUAGUUUAAUGGGAGUGGUGACCUGAGCAGAUAUGGCAGCUGACGACAAGGUUGCCAUCCUGACAGACGACGAGGAGGAGCAGAAGAGGAAGUAUGUGCUGGCCGAGCCGUUCAACACCGUGUCGGUGGAGCGGCAGGGUGGGGUCUCCACGACGCCUGCGCCCACCACGGACGCUCCACCCGGAGAGCCCCCGUCCUCGCAGCCUGACUCCAUCGACUGCUGCGAGAGGAUGUGCCUUCGCAUCAACAGCCACCUCCUCAUCUCCAAAGUGUUCUACUUCUUCUUCUACGCCGCUUACGGCUCGCUGCACCCUCUGCUGGCCGUGUACUACAAGCAGCUCGGCAUGUCGGCCAGCCGCAGUGGGCUGCUCGUCGGCAUCCGCUACUUCAUAGAGUUCUGCAGCGCCCCCUUUUGGGGCGUGGUGGCCGACCGCUUCAAGAAGGGGAAGGCCGUCCUGCUGUUCUCUGUGCUCUGCUGGUUGGUGUUCAACUGCGGCAUCGGCUUUGUCAGACCGGCUGAGAUGAAGUGCGAGGAGAAAGGUGCUGCUCCUGUGACGCCUGUGACGACGACUCUCCCUCACGGUAACAUGACACAUCCGAGCAACUCCACCAACCACACCAGGACUCGCCGAAGCUUUCUAGAUCUCCCUGCGUUUCCUGAACUCCUCAACUUCAGCGAGCUCCACAGACAUGAACGAAGCGCUGACGCCAACACGUCACCCCCCUCCAAGCUGGAUAACACUACCCAGCUCACACCAAACACCACCCGACCCACCAGCACCACAACCACCACCUCCCCUGCUCCAACCAAAGCCAAGGAGUACCAGAUCAUCUACAACCAGGACCAGGUGGAGACCAUCUUCCUCCUCAUCCUCCUCGUCAUCAUCGUGGGCGAGUUCUUCAGCGCCCCGGCCGUCACCAUCGUGGACACUGUCACGCUGCAGUACCUGGGUAAAGCCCGCGACCGCUACGGCCUGCAGAGGAUGUGGGGCUCCCUGGGCUGGGGUCUGGCCAUGCUGCUGGUGGGCAUCUGGAUCGACCACACGCACAUCACGGUCGUGAUCGACGGUGUCGGCUGCAUCCUGCCCGACUACCGCCUGCACAACUACCAGAUCGCCUUCAUCGUCUUUGGUGUGCUGAUGGGCGUGGCAUUUGUUGUUGCCACUCAGUUCUACUUUGAAAAAGGCGGUGACUACCAUCAGGAGCUUCCAGAGGGGGCGGUGGAGCAGGUGGACAGCCCGAGGUCAAUACCAGAGUCCAGCUCCUCGGACCAGACUCCCGUGAGUCCCAGUGCCGCUGAGGAGUUCCACUACAGUGAUCUGCUGAGGCUGCUCUGCAGCGUGCGCUACAGCUCUGUCCUGUUCGUCGCCUGGUUCAUGGGCUUCGGCUACGGCUUCGUCUUCAGCUUCCUCUACUGGCACUUGGAGGACCUGAAGGGGACGACCACGCUGUUCGGAGUCUGCUCCGUCCUGAGCCACGUCUCAGAGCUCGCCGCUUAUUUCACCAGCCACAAGUUCAUCGAGCUGGUCGGACACGUCAGGGUGCUGUACAUCGGCCUGGCCUGCAACACGGCUCGUUACCUGUACAUCUCCUACCUGCAGAACGCCUGGACCGUCCUGCCCAUGGAGGUCCUUCAAGGUGUGACCCACGCCUCAGUUUGGGCAGCUUGUAUCUCGUUCCUGAGCGCUGCGGUGCCGCCUGCACUGAGGACGUCGGCGCAGGGGAUCCUGCAGGGCCUCCACCUCGGUCUGGGCCGCGGCUGUGGAGCCAUGGUGGGAGGAGUGUUCGUCAGUUAUUUUGGUGCUGCAGCUACCUUCCGAGGAAUCGGCAUGGCCUCCCUCGUCAUCCUCCUCAUCUUCUCCUUUAUCCAGUGUUUGACUGGAGAGACAGAGGAGAAAGAGGACAAAAUAUUAGCAGAGAACAUCCCUGUCCCCUCCAGCCCGGUUCCCAUCGCCACCAUUGAUCUGGUGCAGAGUCAGAACGCCGUCGGUAGCCCGGCCCCGUCCCGCCAGGCCGCCGUCUUACCCGUCAAGAAGACCAAGCACCAGGAGGAUCAGGAGGACGUGACCCGGCCGGCCUGGGUGCUGUCUGGAGCCCCGUGGGUCACCAUCGCCUUCGCCCUCGUUCAGAUCAAAGAAAUGAUGAACAUGGCAAAGACCGGGGGACCGCCACCAGAGACGCACCCGCUGCAGGCACCUAAUGAGCGGGCGUCAGCCGAGUACGAGGUGGUGGUGACGUCACGCAGAAAUUCAAGUGAUGACGGCACAGAUCCACCGCCAGCCAUCUCAGAACCACCCACGCAGCCAGACACCGCCCACCCUAACAAAGACCAAACGCACCCGUCCUCAGACAGAGGAGGGCCUAAAGAGAAGCCGGCCUUGGCAGCAGAAAACACACACUGACUUUAUGUUUGGAAACUAUUUAAUUUACUCACACUGAGCUUUAAACUCGGUGUCAGCAUUGUAUAGGUUUAUUGUAAAAACAUUUUGCCUGUAUAUGAUCAUGAAAUAGGGAAGUAACGUCCAGAGACAAUUGGAAAUGUUACUAGAAUUAAUUUGUUGAUUGAGUUAAAUGGUUUAAACUUAUUUUAAUGAGUUGUUUUUGCAGCUGGGACUUUGGCCUAAAUGUUUGGAUGAAAGAGAAGGUGUUUGGGGGUUGGUUGCACCUCAGAGGUAACCAAAUCCAACACACCUCCGAGCUCUAUGCACUAUUUGAACUGCCCUUCAUCAUCUUCUAUCCUGGUACUGGUCUGUGGCCUGGUACUGGUCUGUGACCUGGUACUGGUCUGUGGCCUGGUACUGGUCUGUGACCUGGUACUGGUCUGUGACCUGGUACUGGUCUGUGACCUGGUACUGGUCUGUGGCCUGGUACUGGUACUAGUACUAAAAUAAAACAGUGUUUUGCAAAUUCUUUAAAUUAAUUUAAUCUUAUUCCAGCGCUGGAAAGACGUCACUUCCUUGGUUUCAGAUUUCAUCUCCUCUUUCUUGUCCUUGAAGCCUCAGCGGAGGACGAGCUGCUGUCUGAGGGGGACGGGUGAACGCUGUAUACUUGUAUAAUUUUCUGAGGAGCAAACCGAAGGAGUUGUAUGAAGAAGUGCCUCUCUUAAACCUACUGUAAGCCUCUUAAUCAUCAUUGUUGUUCCAAGUUAUUCUCACAUGAUGUCAAGCAAGGUUCCCUUUACUGUAACACUCCUACAGAAUGAGCUGUCGUCCUCAGUGUGGGAUAUCUGAGGGGUUUUUAAAGGUGCAUUCCACUGUUUUUGUAUUGAAACUGCCAAUAACUGACACACACUAUAUCUCUGAUCUUUGUGAUCUUCAUGCCAAACAGUUCCCAGUAUUGAUCGUUUUUGUGUGGUCUGAGAAGGAAAACCUGAGGAAUAACUGUCAUAGAAAAUGAAAGCUGUCAUGAAGGCCAAUAUCAGCCCUUUAAUGCAGUAUCAGUGUAAUCUCACUCAUGUUGGUAAAAACUGUUAUUAAAUGUUGUGUUGAUAACGUAA